UGCUCGGAAUUAAAUAAAAGUAAUAAUUUCGUUUUCCCUUUGAUGUGUCCGUCGGACGGAUUCUUUUGUUUGUUUUAAGUUUUAUUUUAUACAAAAGUUUAGGGUCUUUUAUUUAUCGAUUAAGGCAUUACGAAGUCUGCCGAGUCAGCUAGUACCAAAUAAAACGCACUUAAUUACAAAGAUAAAUGUCGCGUAUUAAUUAAGCGUAAUGUCGCUUAAGCCAAAUAGCCUUUCACCCCUCGAUUUACAAUUGUGUUCUUUUUUAUUUUUAUUAAUUUAUUUAAAAACAUUUUUCUCAUUAACUGUACUCACUAUUGUAUCAGUGAAUAUUCAUCAAAACAAACAAUAGAAUUCGAACUUUGAAUUGAUUUACAUACAUAAUUAUAUGGUAUGAACUUGAACGAAUUUUAAAAUUAGAACGCACUCGCAUUAAUAUCAUAUUAACCGUUCAGUUGCAAUCACGUAUUCGAUAUUCAUAGUUGAAACAAAGCUGGUUUGCGAAAAAAAAAGAAAAAAAAAACAUGGCGUAAUAUUUCGAACUCACGUUUUCACGAUUUAAGUCAUCGUGUGCUGUGUUGAUCGACGUACAAAGAAAAGAAAAGCACUUUAUAAAGUAUUAUAAUUCUUCACAAUUGGGCGGGAGAAAAUCGAAGAACAUCUGCCAGCGUUUCGAAGAAGUGGUUUCUGAAGACAAAUAAACAUUAUAAUAUAAUACUGAAACUAACAGUGACAAAUUAAAUUUAAUAAUGAAAUAGGCUAAAAUAAUUCAAAUUUAUUAUUUCGUAAUUACAAGCGAGUUCCAUAACGUUGGUAAAUCCGUGCGACUGCCAAAAAGUUUAAAGCAAAUAAACAAUAUGGCUUCAGUUUGGCUGCCGCUCGCGCGACGAGUGGUUGUGUGUACUGCGUCAUUAUCAAACGCUCAGUUUUGGUUGGGUGCGCUACUGAUUCUCGUCGCGUGUGAAAUGGAUAUUAUAUACUUUGGUAUUUUACAUAACAUGAGGACCGAACGUGUGUGAAAUGUAUCGUUCAUUAUCAAUCGAUAUUCAAAUUUUGGUUUUGAACUUAAUGGAAUGCGAACGAAAAUAGUAUCUGAAUUUGGUGCCAAAAAUGCUUGAAACUUUGAACGCUGCGUUUUGAUGUUUUAUAGUCUAUAAUUUAUACGAUAGAUCUAAAUUUUUUACAAAAAUUAAUGACUUUUAAACGACUUGUGACGUCAGAAUCUGUGGCCAGUGAGCGACAAUAAUCCAUGUAAUAUUUGGUUGUACCAAAAAGAUAACAACAAGUUGAGAUCGUUUGAGAGAAAAAUAUUUAAAAAAUGAAUCAGCACGGUUCAUUUUUCGGUUCCCAUUCGGACACAUCGGCGAUAAACAUAAAGAAUUUGGUAACUGAUCUCUUCAGCCAGAUGCGCGACCCGUCACCGGGCGCGCCCAGCCCUAAGGGCUCGACGGGAUAUCUGGCCAGCGGCGUGGUGACCAAGAACGUGGGCUUCCUUCAGCAGAACAAUUCGGAGCACUUACCUUGGACCCCGCCUCUGGCGUUAACCGGAAACUGUAACAGUAAUCUGACCGGUGAAUCUCCCACGACUGUGAAGAGUACCAGUCACGUACCGGUCUUGGCUUCGCUCAGCGCUGAUCUCUCGCCUUCAAACUCUCAUUUCUUUGAGGUCUUGUAUAUCGGCAAAGUUCGGAUAUCGCAGAGGAAGGUACCAGAAACACUAAUAGAUGAUGCUUUACACAAAUUCGCUUUGCACGAUGCGGAGAAAGCUCUGAGAAGGAGACACAGUCUGUUAUCUUCAACCACGACCUCAAUAGACAGUAAUGAUUCAACCGACAAUCUGUCGGACGAUAAGAAAUCGCAAAAGACAAACGACUUAAGCAAUAGGUUCGCUUCGCCGAGCACAACGCCCUUAGAGCCCCAGAAAUCGCAUAGAUGGAGCAGCGUAGAAACUAUAACGGAAAAACGAAAAGACUCGACACAAAUCGAAGCAGAAUUCGAUCAGUUCACGAAAGAGAGAAUCGAAAUUGUAAAGAAGAGCGCCGAUCUAGUUUUGAAUCUACCGAAGAACAAUCUUGGCACCGUAAAAGAAGACGAAGAGAAGAUCGAAGUAGGCAUUAGUAAAGAAGCAACAAGAGCUCCAGAAGACGGAGACGGUGAAACGAAAAGAGAAAGAAAUUUCAAUUUCGACGAGAUUAAAAGGAAGCCGGCUUUCGGGAGUGAAGGCGCUAAGAGUCUGCCCGAGAAUAGGCCGUUCUUAAGAGACAGAUCGGCUUCGAUAGGCACAAUUAACAGUAAAACGCCUCUAGCGCAGUUGAUCUGUGAACAGAAUCGCACGAUGCUAUUUCAGGUCGGCCGUUCAGAAUUGCGCCUUAUAAGUCCGGACAGAAAGCAGAUAUUGCUGCACAGGGCGUUCAAGGACGUCGCCAGUUGCGUCUUAGGCCAGAACAAUAAGGACCAUUUCGGAUUCGUUUGCAGAGAAACGAACGAAACGUACGCCUGCUAUGUCUUCAAAUGCGAGAGCGACUCGGUUGCUGGCGAAGUGGUGAACGCCAUCCGACAAGCGUUUGUGGCACAUGCGGACCUGUUGAAGAAAUCCCGGGAUAAGUCGCCGAACAUGACUUGCGAGCAUUGUCCAAUGCUGUGGUACCACCGGCUGUGUCACGAUAUUGAGGGUAUGACGGAGAAAAGAACCCACGCCUUUAUACUGCGUAGGAUAGAACAGUUACCUGAAGACGAACAGGAUCUCAUCAUCACCAAGUACCAGGGUGGAACCAAUUUGAUCUAUGAGACCAGCGAACACAAUUCGUUCUUGAUGAUGCUCCUCCGAGCCCACUGCGAGGCCAAGCAGCAAAGGCACGUCCACGACACUGCCGAAAACAGAUCUGAGUUCCUGAAUCAAUACCUUGGCGGCAGCACCAUAUUCAUGAAGGCCAAGAGGUCUUUGUCGAGCGGCUUCGAUCAUCUCCUGAAGAGGAAGGCCAGCAGAGACGAAGGACUCGUUGCUCAAGUCAAAAAGGAUACAUCUCCGGCGCCCACCCCGCUCGCACAGACUCCGACCGACGCGCCGGACACGCCGACACAGGAGCACGGCAAGUCGCUCUCUCGCACCACGAGCCAGGAUGACGAGAACCCCGUCCCGAAGACCAGUCUGCCGUCAGAGGAGAGGGGCGACUCGGAGGGGGCGAAGGGGGACGGGGAUAUCGUCACCUCCCCCAUGAUGGACAUUUUCAUGAAAGUAAGCGACUCCCGCGCCGCGGCCGCGGACGGAGCCCCCGGGCCGGACUCCACGUGGCGACAGGCGAUCUACGAGAAGUCCAUCACGCGAACCGACGCACAGGACGGUCAAGCCUCAACGUCAUCAGGUGGCUCCAAGGAGAAACGCAAGCGGUCCCGUCAGGAGCUGAGGCGGCUCUGGGAGAUGGCGAUCGAUCAGACAAUACUGCUGGUUAGGAUGGAGAAAGAGAACAAAAGAUUAAAAGAGAGCGAGGAGUCGUCUGCCGUCCGUCGGAUGAAGCUGGAGUACAGCGAGCUGGGCGCGUGCGAGCCCGGCGCCGCGCUCACGUGGGACCUGCUGCUGGGCGGGGGGCAGCGCGCCGCCGCCGCCGACAGACACAUGCUCGCGCAGGCCGUCAUGCAGGGCGUACCCCGAGUGUCUCGCGGCGCCAUCUGGUACUUCCUGGCGGAGCAGGCCUGCCUCAGGGCUCCGCCCCCGGACACCAGACACUGCCCCUUCUACCACACUCCCUACACCACUCUACUGUCGGGUCUCACGAAACACCAGCACGCUAUCUUAAUUGACUUAGGUCGCACAUUCCCCAAGCACUCGUAUUUCGCAUCAGCCCUCGGUCCCGGCCAGCUGGCUCUCUACAACAUUCUGAAGGCGUACUCCUUGCUCGAUCCUGAUGUGGGCUACUGUCAGGGUCUGAGCUUUGUCGCCGGCGUGUUGCUGCUCCACAUGGAGGAGGCGGAGGCGUUCGUUCUGCUGAGACAUCUAAUGUUCAGGAGAGGACUGAGACUGCAAUACCUGCCCGACAUGAGUGCACUCCAAGUACAGUUAUACCAACUGUCUAGACUUCUAAAAGACCAUGAACCAGAACUUCACGCGAAGUUAGAAGAUCUGGACAUCUCGCCAGCGCUGUACGCGGCACCGUGGAUGUUGACGCUGUUCACGAGUCAGUUCCCGCUUGGGCUGGUCGUUAGGGUCUUUGAUCUGAUAUUCCUGGACUCUCUAAACAUAGUAUUCGCUGUGUCUCUUUCUCUCCUCUCGGUUCAUAAAGUCGGUUUGAUGUUGUGUCAGAGUUGCGAAGAGGCCGCCGAGUAUUUGAAACAUAAAUUACCGGACAUAGACAAACCGAUGUACGAGAAAGUAAUGAAAAAGGUCCUCUCGAUGGACAUAAGCCGCGAGCUGAGCGAGUACGCCGUGGAGUACUCCGUGCUCCGAGAGGAGAUGCCGCGGCUGGCGACCCUCACGCAGCAGAACCGGAAGCUCACGGAGGAGAACAGACGAAUGAGCGAGCAGCUGGACUCAGCAAUGGAGGCAAUAGAAAACUAUCAAAAGAGCCAAGCCCGUCUCGAAGCCGCCAACAAGAGCAUCGAGCAACAACUGACGCUGCUGAGUCGGUACGUGAGCGCCCACCAGCGCGCCGACCUGCCCCAGGAAAUCAAGAGGAUCGUCCAGAGCCACAGCAAGAGGCUGUCCUUCGGCUCGAAGAUGUUCUCGUCGAGGACCGCAGAGGAAGAUGAGAGGAGAACUCACAAAGGCAUCAGCACCCCGAAUCUCUUUGCGAAGACGAACAAAGAAGACGUCGCCGAGAAAUAUUCGCCUGAAAACGACAGAAGAAGGUUCACAAUGAAAAAAUCCCUUUCAGUGCAUUCUGGUCUCACGAAAAACCCUCUCAAAGCCUUAGAUGAGAGAAGCGAGAAUGAAAGGAACGGUAAUGACGAAGGUCUAUCGUGUGCGCUUAAAGAGUUGAAUGGGAAGGUGUCUGGUGGUUUAGCGGCUCGCUCGGACCGACAUCCGCAGCCAAGCUCGGAGCUGCCCAGCCAGGGGGAAACCAGAAGCGGCUCAUACAUCGACGACCUGCUAUUGUUCCAGAGCAGAAAGUGCAUGUCGUUGAAUUUGAGUCCUAACAUAGAGAAGUCCGGUAGCAAAUCGAUUGACAGCGGCUUCGCGACGCCCCUGAGCCCGGACCGGAACAGCGGGCCCGUGUCGCACCCGCUGAGCGAUUGUGACGUUGAAAUAAAAUUCGACGGUCACUCGACCAAGCUGAAACAGAUACGGCCCCUCCGACAGACGGACAAAAGUUAGUCAUCGGUUAUAUGCAGCUUUGUGAACGCGACAACCCUAGAAGGGGCUGUGACAACCCUACAAGUGGCUGUGACAACCCUACAAGGGGCUGUGACAACCCUAGCCGGAGAUAGAUUUGUAUCUGCAUAAACUGUUUCUGCAUAAACUGUUUCUUCACACUUUGUCGGCCUUUUAAUUUUAUUUAGAUCAAUUAUAUAUUAAAAAAAAAAACCUCUAUUAGUCAGAUAUAAAAAAAUACAUAAUAUAUAAGAAUAUAAAUACAAUUUGAGUGUUCUCUUUCAUCUGUAUGAAAGGUUCAGUCAUAUAUCGUCGACUUUAUAUGUAUAUGACUUCAAGAAUUAUCGUUUUAAAUGUGUUUAAAGCAAUUAUUAUUGUAGAAAAACAUUUGAAGGCAUGCCGUCACACAUGCUACCCCUUACAAGGGACAGCCUUAUGUAGAUUGAGACGACCUCAUAAAAAAAAAAUACAUUGCACAAGAAUCUUUGCCUUCUCACUCGCUUCUAUAGUAAAUAAGGGAGACAAAAAAAUAAUUGUUUAUUUAAUUUUAUUAUAAAUUAUUCAAAUCACGUUCAAUUCUGUUAAAUUUAAGUGUAAAACUGAUGCCGAGAGACUAAAGUAUUCUUCGUUGAAUGUGCGCCAUAGAUUAAAUAAAUUAUUGAAAAAGAAAAAAUCAA